AUGCCUACCCGAACCUCGAAGACCCGCAAGCAUCGCGGCCACGUCUCCCACGGUCAUGGUCGCGUAGGCAAGCACCGCAAGCACCCCGGUGGUCGCGGUCUGGCCGGUGGUCAGCACCACCACCGCACCAACAUGGACAAGUACCAUCCGGGUUACUUUGGCAAGGUUGGCAUGCGGUACUUCCACAAGCAGCAGAACCACUUCUGGAAGCCUGUCAUCAACUUGGACAAGCUCUGGACCCUCGUCCCCACCGAGACCCGGGAAGCCUACAUCUCCGGCUCCAAGAAGGACACCGUCCCCGUCCUCGACCUCCUCCCCCUCGGCUACUCCAAAGUCCUCGGCAAGGGCCGGCUCCCCGAAGUCCCCCUGGUCGUGCGUGCGAGGUGGGUGAGCAAGCUGGCGGAGAAGAAGAUCAAGGACGCCGGCGGCGUCGUCGAGCUGGUGGCAUAG